CAAAAACCAGCGUCGGGCCGUUUUGGCGGUGACUCACAACGCCAUUGAUCUGGAGCCGUAACAUCACACAGGCUGGUUGAAAUGGAAGGGGGAGGGGCACCGGGUGUUGAUCUAAGCAGGAAGUUUGUGUCGGAAUCUGAGCUCGAUGAGAAAAGAAAGCAAAGACAGGAAGAGUGGGACAAAGUGAGGAAACCCGACGAUCCAGAGGAGGCUCCGGAGGAGGCGUACGACUCUCGGACCCUCUUCGAGCGGCUGCAGGAGCAGAAAGACAAGAAGCAGGAGGAAUAUGAGGAGCAGUUCAAAUUCAGGAACAUGGUGAGAGGAUUGGAUGACGAUGAGAGCAGCUUCCUGGACGAGGUCUCCCGGCAACAGAGCCUGGUGGAGAAGCAGCGCAGGGACGAGGAGAAGAAGGAGCUGCUGGAAUACAGAAGCGCUCUAGUGAAGAAGGCGUCUACGGAAACCCGCAAAGAACCUGAAAAGAAGGUACCGCCUAAAUCAGAGCAAAGGACCAGUCACCUGUCUCAAGCCCAUUUAUUGGCUGGAGCUGUAAAGAGACGCAGUUCCUCCCAGUCGUCAGACACCAGUAAGAGACAGAAGGUGGAAAUCACAGCGGCAUCGACAGGAAACGGAGACAGACACACAGAACAGGAGGCAGGAGGAGCAGGGGGAGCUGAAGACCAACAAACCGUCCCCGACCUGACGUCCACGACGCCCCCGGCUCCCCAGGGCUCCGGCCCGGGCGUCUUACACCUGCCGUCCGCAGCCGUGUGCGUCGGCGUUUUACCGGGAAUGUCCGUGUACUCUGGCAGCAGCGACUCUGACAGCAGCUCGGACAGCGAAGGUAGCGUGGACCCAAUCAUGUUGCCGUACUCCCGGCUCAACAGGGCUUACAGAUAGACACACACACACACACACACACACACAGACACACACACACACACAAACACAGACAGACACACACGCAGCCUCUGAAGCUUGUUUACCUGCCUGUAGGAUGGUUAACAGUCAGAAAAGGUAACCUCACAUAAGAAAUGUACACACACACACACACACACACACACACACACACACACACACACACACACACACACACACACACAGAGUAAAGGUCAUGCACACACGCAUUGUUACAGAGGAACACACGAAACAGGCAACACAACUUCAUAUCAUGUUAGAGUCAAACACACACACACACACACACACAUGUUCAGUAUUCCUGUUGUUUUCACAGCUGUGAGUUCAACUGUCUCUUUGUCUCCGGACAAAGUUCAGCCCAGUAAAUAAAAUCCAGUAACAUUCAAAACUUUUUUUAUAAUUUUAAUUUAACUAAACUAAUAUCUAUUUGUGUUUCUUUCCUAUUGUGGCUCUCAAACGUGACACCGCUGCCCUUCCUUUCCCUUAAUCACGACUCACGCAGUUUAAGCCGAGCAACCAAUCCCGCACUCUGACGACAUCCUGCC